AUGUCACGUGGUGGUCGAGGUGGAUCUUCUGGAGUUCGAGCUGUAGCUAAUGCAUUAGGGAUAGCUAAACAUGAAUUGAAGUUGUUUACAGGGGUAAUCACUGAGUCGCAACCAACAUAUCCACCAGUAUCGCGAACAGUUGCUCCUCUUGAAGAUUCAACGGAAUUGCAAUACAUGACCGAAUUACGAAUGGAAUUGCUUACACGUUUUCAUGAUUCAUCCUUUUAUAUAGAAAUGAAAGACCAGAGCGCAGACUUUCAUCGAUAUACAGACAAGUAUCAAAUUAUUGAAAAAGAAAAAUUUCUGCCAGAUUGGUCUCGGCUUCCAGACGAGUUAGUUCCUAAAAAUGAUAAAGUUGACAGUCGAAGCCAAAAGAGGCGAAAACUAAUGGACAAAAGAGAAGAAGAUUUGGCUAAAAAGUUAUCAGAACUUGAAAAAGAAGAAAAAUCAGGAAGUCUUGAACCUGAAGUGCAGGAUGUUCCUGAUGAAAAUGAUGAAGAAAGUGAGAAAGAAGAAGGGAACAAUGAAGUUGAAGAGCAGGAAGCGUUAUCAGAUGAUGAUUAUCAAGAAGAAGACAACGACUAUAUCCAUUCCUAUUUUGAUAAUGGCGAAAAUUAUGGUGAUGUUGGUUCAGAUGAUAAUUUAGAUGAUGAUAAUGCAUUUUAA